AUCCACGCAAUCGGCGAGCAUUUCUCUAGGCGCACACCACCGCCGCAUAAACACCCCCACCGCCGCCGUCACCCUCGCCGGCGACGCUUCUCCGGCUUCCAUUCCGGCAAUGGAUCACCUCCUAUCCGAUUUCGUAAUCGGCGCCUCCGCCGCGGAAUCGAUGGCGGAAUUCCUCCGUCAUCCCACGGUGGUCGACCUCCUCCCCCAUCUCGUCCCCGCCCGCCUGUCUCUCGCCCGCCCGCCGAUUUCAAAUUUCAAAGUCGCCGCCGUCGGCCUCGGCGCCGACGGCCGCGUCUUCGUCGGCGUCAAUCUCGAAUUCCCCGGCCUCCCUCUCCACCACUCCGUCCACGCCGAACAGUUCCUCAUCACAAAUCUCCUCGCCCAUGGCUGCCCCGGCCUCACCGCCGUCGCCGUCUCCGCCGCCCCCUGCGGCCACUGCCGCCAGUUCCUCCAGGAGCUCCGCAACUCCUCCUCCCUGCAAAUCCUCGUCCUCGACGACGAAUUCCGCCCUAAAAACAAAAUCCCCAAUUUCAUGCCCUUAUCCGAAUUCCUUCCGAUUCCAUUUGGCCCCCACGAUUUGCUCGACCAUCAAACUCCCUUCCUCCUCGAAAAUCAACAGAAUAAAUUAGAUCUCCUCCCCGAAACCAAUUCCCCAAAACUCACCAGCACAAACGGCAACCUCACCAACAAAAAUCCCCAAAUUUCCGAAGAAACCGAAACCCUACUUCGAGAAGCAGCAUUAGAUGCUGCAAACAGAUCUCAUGCUCCGUACAGCGGCUGCCCCUCAGGAGUUGCAUUAAUGGAUUGCGAAGGGAAGCUCUAUAAAGGCUCGUAUGUCGAAUCUGCAGCCUACAAUCCGAGCUUAGGGCCCGUCCAAGCCGCAUUGGUGGCGUACGUCGCCGCCGUCUCCCACGGCGGCUACGAGAGGAUUGUGGCUGCAGUUCUGGUGGAGAAGGAAGGCGCAAAAGUCAAGCAGGAAGAUACUGCAAGGCUACUGUUGAAGGCAGUGUCACCUAAAUGUGAGUUUCAUGCUUUCCAUUGCCAAUCAUCUGGUUGAAUUAUGAACUGUUGUUGAUCUGGAUUCAUUUAUCUGCAACUGUAGAUUUUGAUUCUGCAGAUUAUUAUGAUCAAAUAAAUAACAGUAAUUUUCACUAUUUCCAUUGUUCUCUGUUCUACAAAAUUUCUUGCAUCUUGAAUAUCUUGUUAUACAUAUGUUGAUUAUGAUGUUUAUCUUUUAAGGUAUAUGCUGUUGAUUCUUGUAAUAAUGGCUUCUGUAAAAAGAUCAAAAAUAAAAAUUUGACCUGUGGUGGGAUCAUUCUGAGCUGGAA